CGUUUUCACUGGACCAAAAACAAUGAAACACAACGCGGAAAUGAACGGCGGCCGCAGCAGCUUAACAAAUGCGAGAUCAGUCAAAUUAAUGAAUUUUAAUUAAUCGAAUCGACCAGGCAUCGCAGCAGCGUUUUGUAAUUUAAGCAGCUUGGUAGAACACAAAACACGUCUUGAGAACCGAACCGAAGGCGCAGCGCUGAAAACAAAACGUGCUGGAGCACACAGCGGUCUUAAGAACAUAAGAAAGUUUACAAACGAGAGGAGACCAUUCGGCUUGCUCGUUUGGUGACUUGGAAAAAGUAAUAAGACUGUUAUAUAAAAAACAAAAACUUAAACACUUCAAAAUGCACAGAAGAGGCGUUGGUGCCGGGGCGAUUGCAAAAAAGAAACUAGCCGAGGCUAAGUAUAAAGAAAGGGGGACAGUUCUUGCAGAAGAUCAAAUUGUACAGAUGUCGAAGCAGCUGGAGACCUUUAAGACGCACCUGGAGGAGUUUGCCAGCAAACACAAGCAGGAGAUCCGCAAGAGCGCCCAGUUCAGAGUGCAGUUCCAGGACAUGUGUGCCACCAUCGGGGUGGACCCGCUGGCAUCUGGGAAGGGUUUCUGGUCGGAGAUGCUGGGAGUGGGAGAUUUCUACUACGAACUGGGAGUUCAGAUCAUCGAGGUGUGCCUGGCGCUCAAGCACAGGAACGGAGGGCUGAUCACUUUGGAGGAACUCCACCAGAGGGUGCUAAAGGGACGGGGCAAGUUCGCUCAGGAUGUCAGCCAGGAUGACCUGAUCCGGGCCAUCAAGAAGCUCAAGGCGAUGGGGAACGGCUUCGGAAUGAUCCCAGUGGGCGGAACCUACCUGGUGCAGUCUGUCCCGGCAGAACUGAACAUGGACCACACUGUCGUCCUCCAGCUCGCUGAGAAGAAAGGUUUUGUGACGGUGAGCGAAAUCAAGACCAGCCUGAAAUGGGAGACGGAGAGGACCUGCCACGUGCUGGAUGACCUGCUGAAGGAGGGUCUGGCUUGGCUGGACGGCCAGGCUGCGGGGGAGCCCCAGUACUGGCUACCGGCCCUGUUCUCUGAGCUCUGCUCCCGGGACGUGACUCCAGAGGAGGCCAGUGAGAUGGUGCCCUGAGCAGACGGGUGUGGGGGAACCCAGCGCUGCCCUGUAACCACCCCGAACUCUGAGAAAUUUGGCAUGGUGGCAUGGGCUUAACCUGUUAAAAUGUCAUCCAUCCUCCCCGUUUGACAAAAGGCUACUUUUCUAAUUUUAUUUGUUAACUGGCAUCAUCUGACCUGUUAUUUGAAUGACUUUCUCUUUAUUUAAUUAUGAUAAACGUACUGUAAUUUUGUUAACCGAAAGUCUAAAUAUAAAUGUCUCACAUUACAUUAAUAAAUAAAGCUUGGGUUCUGAA